GUGAAUUAAUCCAGAAUGAGACACUCCUCCUCGCCCCCUCCCUCCCUGGAAAGGGGCGGGGUUUCCCUUUCCCCGCCCCCAAAACCAAAAUGGCCGCUUCCUGUCCAAUCACGUGGCAUCCAGUGCGGACGGCAGGAGAAGACACGCAUUAGCACCACUUUGCGUCUCUCUUUUGCUUCAGGACCAUCAGGAUUGGAUCCGAGUGUGAGUUCUGCCAUGGAGGAGGAAGAGAAGGAGGAGAGGAGCGGCGCCUUGGCCUUUGCAGAGAAGCAGCUCAGGCGGCACGGCUGGAAAAAAGGUAAAGGACUCGGGAAACGAGAAAACGGGAUUUCGGAAGCCAUCAGGGUCAAAGUGAAAUGCGACACGGCUGGGGUGGGCCACAACUCGGCCGAGCAGUUCUCCUUCCACUGGUGGGACCACCUCUUCAACUCCUCAGCCGCCAACAUCUCCGUCGAGACCGGGCAGGAUGGAGUCAAAGUGCAAAAGGUCUCAGAGCACAACGGAUCCGUCACAAACAAAAAACUCCGCAAAGCGCAUGGGGAGAGGGACAUGCUCUAUGGCCGCUUUGUCAAGGCGGCCACAUUGACGUCCGGCAGAGAGGAGCCCUCGAACCCAGUGCCUUCCUCCGACAGCAGCGACGAGGACGAGAAGCUGGACUUGUCCACGGCUGGGAGGCUGACGGACGAAGAACUGGUCCAGGCGUGCGGAGGACGGACGGCGCACAAGGGAGCCAGGCAUGGCUUGACCAUGCGUGCCAAACUGGCCCGGCUGGAAGAGCAAGAGAAGGCAUUCUUGGCCAGCCAUCUCCAGCGAAAGGCGGCCCAGAAGGAAACGGAGUCAGCGUUGGAGGGUUCGAAACGGAAGAAGAAGAAAAAGUCCAGGAGAGCCGAAGAUGGAUUCACCGAGGAAGCUGUGUCCAGCGAGGGCCUGGAAGUGAUGGGAGAAGAGGAAAGACCCAAGAAAAAGAAGAAGGGAAAGAAAAGGAAGAGGGAAGAGGAUGAAAACGUAGGUGAGGAACCCUGGAUGCAAACCGUGGAGCUGAAGGCUCAGAAGAAGGCCAAGCGGAAGAAGAAAUGAAAUCUGGGCCUGUGGUCAGUUUCCUCGGGGAGGAAUCCAGGUCCGUCUUCAGGCCUGUCUUCAUGGCUGUCCAAGGUUUUGGCCACUCUGGGACUCAAGGACUGGCUGGUGUUGUGUCUUUGGACAAAUGGCUCACAGAGUUUGGGUCAGGGAAGGCAGGAGCAGCAAGAUGGAAGGGGCUCUCAAAUAAUAAAGGGAUUGUGAAACCAAA